AUAUUCAAUUUUUUUAGACCCCGACUCACUCUCCGUGGACAAACCUUGAAUAUAAAAUAUUUUUGAUUAAUAUCCGUGGACGAACCUCGAAUAUAAAAUAUUUUUGACUAAUAUGAUUUUUAACCUUUCAAUAUUUUUUACGCUAAAACACGAACAAUUCACUUGGAAUAUAAAAAAAAAAUAGCUAAAACCUUAAACCCUAGUCAAAAUAAUGAUUGUGGCCAUGCAAUAUAGUCUCCACCAACUGAAAUGCUCACGCCCUCUCUUGGCUCGUUUUCUCCACCAGCACAGCAGCCCCGACGACAAAAUCUACUCUAUACUAGCCUCCGACGGCCUCUCCAAAGCCGUAUCAGCUCUCUUUUCAUCCCCAUCACCUUUCUCUUUCAAUCUCUACGAGCAUCUCUUCUCUUUAUGCUCUUCAAACCGGUCCAUUGUCGAAGCCCGCAAAGUGGAAUCGCAUCUCACCACUUUUGCCACAACCCCGCCUGCCUUUUUGAUCAACAGGGCCAUUCAAUGUUAUGGGAAAUGUGGGUGUUUGAGUGAUGCACGCGAGCUGUUUGAUGAAAUGCCUCAUAAAAAUGGGGGGUCUUGGAAUGCGAUGAUUACGGCGUACGCGAAGAAUGGGUGUGUUGAUGAGGGGGUGAGUGUGUUUUUGGAGAUGAAUGGUGUGGGGGUUUUGCCGAAUGAGAUUACAUUUGCGAGUGUGUUGGGGUGUUGUGGUGUGGGGUUGGAGUUGGGGUUGUCGAAGCAGAUACAUGGGCUUAUUUUUAAACUUGGGUUUGCUGGGAAUGUGAUUUUGGGGUGUGGAUUGGUUGAUAUUUAUGGGAAGUGUAGUGUUAUGGGGGAUGCGAGGAAGGUGUUUGAUGAGACGGGAAAUCCAAAUGUGGUGUCAUGGAAUGUGAUUGUUAGAAGGUAUCUUGAGAAUGGUGAGGGUAAAGAGGCUGUUUUUAUGUUUUCUGAAAUGAUUAGGAAUAAUUUAGUGCCUUUAAAUUAUACGGUGUCGAAUGCUCUGGGUGCUUGUUCGAGUAUAUCUGGGCUGAAUGAGGGGAGUCAAAUUCAUGGGUAUUCUCUUAAGAUUAACUUUAAAGAGGAUUGUGUGGUAUUGACUUCUCUUAUUAAUAUGUAUGUAAAAUGUGGAGCUUUGAGGGAUGCGCGGGUUAUAUUUGAUAGGCUUGGGACUAGAGAUUUGGGUCAUUGGACUUCAAUGGUGUCAGGAUACGCAAAGCAUGGGAAAAUUCGAGAGGCGAGAGAGCUCUUUGAUCAGAUGCCGGUAAAAAAUUUGAUCUCAUGGAAUGCAAUGUUGGAUGGGUACACACAUUUACCGCAACUUGAAGAAGCCUUAGAUUUUGUGUUUCUUAUGCUUAAGGAAAUUAGAGACAUAGAUUAUGUGACUGUUGGGCUUAUUCUGCAUAUAUGUGCUGGCCUUUCUGACAUUGAAUUGGGGAAACAGGUCCAUGGAUAUAGUUACAGGCACGGUUUGUGCUCGAAUGGCUUUGUUGUUAAUGCACUGCUUUAUAUGUAUGGGAAUUGUGGUAACUUGAGAAGUUGUAGAGUUUUGUUCUAUUACAUGGGUCACCUACGAGAUUAUAAUUCUUGGAAUGCUGUGCUGACUACUUUAGCUCGACAUAAGAUGAGUGAAGAAGCACUUAUGAUCUUUUCAAAGAUGAUAAAUGAUAGUGAGGCAAAACCAAGCAAUUAUAAUUGCGGAACCGUUUUGUCUGUUUGUGCAAAUAUAUCGGCACUUAACGCGGGUAAGGAGAUUCAUGGAUUUAUGGUCAGGAAUGGUUACAUUUUUGAUGUUGUAGCUACAGGAGCUUUAGUCGAUAUGUACUCAAAAUGUUGUCGUGUUGAGUAUGCUUUGAAGGUCUUCCACAGAGCAGCUUGUCGUGAUCUCAUUCUCUGGAACUGCAUAUUGUUAGGAUGUAGUCAUAAUUGUAGGGUUGACGAGGUCUUUGAGCUGUUGGAGAUGAUGGAUGAAGAUGGCAUCAAGCCAGACCAUGUCACCUUUCAAGCUGUUUUUGCAGCGUGUAUUAAUGGUUCUCGUGUGGAGUUGGGUAGGCGAUAUUUUGAUGCUAUGAGCAAUAAAUUCUUCAUAACACCUCAUCUGGAGGAUUAUGAAAGCAUGAUUGAGCUUUAUGGCCGAAAUGGGUUCAUGGCUGACCUGGAAAACUUUGUAAAGAAUAUGCCCUUUGAUCCCACUGUUCCAAUGUUAAGUAAAGUUCUUAAUUUUUGUCGAGAACAUGAACACUUGAGCUUUGGUAAAUGGGCAGCUAAUCGACUCAAUGACAUGAAUUCCUCAGAUGCAUACCGAUUUGAACCCGUGGUGGCAGUAGGCUAAAGCUCUGUUGUGAUUAUAGCUCCGUAACCUUACCCAGAAAUCUGGAUCACAUUUCAAGAUCCAAAGCUCUCCUAUCCAACGCCAAAAGUGUAUCAAGACUGAAGAAACAGUGCAUGUUUAUGCUCUGGCAUCAAACUUUGGACACUACACAGUACAGACCAAGAAUGUGUCGGUUCAAGGAUAGAUGCUGUAGUAUACAAUGUUUGCUUUCCAAGCAUGACGGACUGGAGAAUUGUAAAUGCCUAGUUACGCCAAAAAGACUUGCACUGAGCUUUGGUAAAUGGGCAACUAGCAACUAAAUGAUUGAGACCCCUUGGUUUUAUUCUGAUUCACUCUGGCCCUGUUACCUUCUUAUCCAGACAUUGGUUCAGAUUUUACGAUCCAAAUCUCUCCAAUCCAAGUCCUGAAGUGCAUCAAGGCUAAAGAACAGAGUGCAGGGUUAUAUUCUGGCAUCAAAGUUUAAAAAUUGCGCGCUAGGAAUUAGCCAGUUUAAGGUCAGAUGUCGCAUUACUCUGACAACUUUCUUAGCAUGACAAACUGGUGUAAUGAAUAUGAAGGCUGUAUAUAGAAUAUAGAAUAUAGAUGCCUUUCACUGCAAAUUACAAUCAGAAAAAGGAACAUCUUCUAAUUUUGCAUUGA